UCUUUGUACGGAGUCUUUGACUGUUGAUUCCGGACAUUGUGCUGCGGCUCUCGAACACACUAAACUCUCCAACACUCGUCUCAGUUUAUUUUAUCAUAACAUUAUUUCAUCUGUUCAACAGCUUGGAAGAUCUCUGAAUAAUGGCUUUCCAGUAUCCAAACGUCUAUAAGGACGAAGCAGUGGUGGACACCUAUCAUGGCUGUAAAGUUCCUGACCCAUACAGCUGGCUGGAGGAUCCUGACAGUGAAAAAACACAGGCGUUUGUGAACGCUCAGAAUCAGCUGACCCUGCCGUUCCUGGAGCAGUGUGAGAUCAGAGAUAUCUUUAAGGACCGAAUGACUGAACUCUAUGACUACCCCAAAUACAGCUGCCCCUUCAAACGCGGGAACAGGUAUUUUCACUUUUACAACACUGGUCUGCAGAACCAGAGUGUUUUGUACAUGCAGGAGAACCUUGAAGCUGAGCCCAGUGUGUUCCUGGACCCAAACACCUUCUCAGAGGACGGGACGGUUGCUUUACGAGGUUACGCGUUCUCUGAGGAUGGCGAGUACCUGGCGUACGGCACCAGCUCGAGUGGCUCUGACUGGGUUGAGAUCCAGUUCUUGCGCGUGGACGGCGCUGUACUUCUGGAGGACCGACUGGAGAGGGUCAAAUUCACCUGCAUGUCCUGGACUCACGACGGGAAGGGACUCUUCUAUAACUCUUAUCCUGAGCAGGAGGGCAAGAGUGACGGCACCGAGACGUCCACUAACCUGCACCAGAAGCUGUACUAUCACGUGUUGGGAACCCCUCAGUCUCAGGACGUCCUGUGUGCCGAAUUUCCUGAUCAGUCGAAAUGGAUGAGUGGUGCCGAGGUGUCUGAUGACGGCCGUUAUGUGCUGUUGUCCAUUCGAGAGGGCUGUGACCCUGUCAACAGACUGUGGUACUGUGAUCUGAACGCCGUGCCGCAGGGAAUCACUGGUUUGUUGCCGUGGGUGAAGCUGAUCGAUAACUUUGAUGCGGAGUAUGAAUACGUCACAAAUGAAGGAACCGUUUUCACUUUCAAAACCAACCUGGACGCUCCUCAGUAUCGACUCAUUAACAUCGACUUUGCCCAGCCAUCCGUCAGCCAAUGGAAAGAGCUCAUUCCCCAACACGACAAAGACGUCAUCGUGUUUGCUACCUGUACAUACUCCAGGUUCCUGUUUGUGUGUUUCCUCCAUGACGUGAAGAACGUGCUGAAGAUGUUCCAACUGUCCUCGGGGGAGGAGAUACGCACGUUUCCGCUCGACGUCGGCUCAGUUGUGGGCUUCACUGGGAGGAAGAAAGACUCUGAGAUCUUUUACAGCUUCACCUCGUUUCUCUCUCCAGCGAUCAUCUAUCACUGCGAUCUGACUAAAGAGCCGCUGCAGCCGCACAUCUUCAGAGAGGUCACGGUGAAGGGCUUCAGUACUGCUGACUAUCAGACCACUCAGGUCUUUUAUCCCAGUAAAGACGGCACCCAGAUCCCAAUGUUUAUUGUCCAUAAGAAAGGAAUCAAGCUGGACGGUUCCCAUCCUGCCUUCCUGUACGGAUACGGAGGUUUCAACAUUUCCAUCACACCCAGCUACAGUGUCUCUCGGCUGAUAUUCGUCAGGCAUCUGGGAGGGGUUUUAGCUGUUGCCAAUAUCAGAGGAGGUGGAGAAUAUGGAGAGACGUGGCAUAAAGCGGGGAUGUUGGCCAAUAAGCAGAACUGUUUCACUGACUUUCAGUGUGCAGCUGAGUAUCUGAUAAAGGAGGGUUACACUUCCCCCAAAAAACUCACCAUCAAUGGAGGCUCCAACGGGGGGCUGCUCGUGGCGGCGUGUGUGAAUCAGAGGCCUGAUCUGUUCGGCUGUGCUGUGGCUCAGGUCGGCGUCAUGGACAUGUUUAAGUUUCAUAAGUUCACCAUCGGACACGCCUGGACCACUGAUUUUGGCUGCUCGGAAAUCAAAGAGCAAUUUGAUUGGUUAUUCAAGUAUUCUCCUCUUCACAAUAUCCGUGUUCCAGAUGCUGACGGGGUUCAGUAUCCCGCCAUAUUGCUGUUAACGGGUGAUCAUGAUGACCGCGUUGUGCCGCUGCACUCGCUAAAGUAUAUCGCCACACUGCAGAGUGUGAUCGGUCAGUGGCCUGGCCAGUCAAACCCUCUCUUUAUCUACGUGGACACAAAGUCGGGCCACGGUGCAGGAAAGCCCACCAGUAAAGUCAUUCAGGAGGUGGCUGACACGUAUGCCUUCAUCGCUCGCUGCUUGAACCUCAGCUGGAUCGAAUGAAGCGAAAGUUACCAGGCUCUAAGCUGUUUCUCUACUCCUGCAGGUUUUUCUUCUGACAGUUUGAUUUCAUUCUUGCCUGUUUGCUCUCUUGUUCACUCAAAUAUUCACCUUUUUUGCUCUCUGUCUGUCCCACUUCUCCACGGUUUCAUUAUUUAAUGUUACAAGCAAGUAAAAUCAGUCCAGUGUUGUUUGAAAACUGAAUCACAUUAAUGACUGAUUUUUAUAUCAGUUCACCAUGCGUCACGGCUGCGUACGGGAUACACUUAGGAAAUAUUAUAAUUACUGAGGUCACGGGGGGAAGUGUCAUAACCUCUCUAGCACUUUACUAAAACUGUAUUUAUUUGACGACGGGAAGACAUUAACAGUUUAUGGAUCUCUGCAUCACUUCAAUGUACAGCACUCAUCAAAAAAUAAGUUUGCCAGUGAAUCUCAUGAAAACAUGUUCAGGUCAUAUUUUGCCCCAAAACUAAAAGAAAUUUUGAUGUAUUAUUACACUGUUUUUAAUGGCAGUUAAGCACAUUUAAAAUAGUCGUCAAGUGUUAACGGAUUUUGUCCGCACAUGUUUCCCAUUAAUCUCAGAGGUGAUUCUUUUUACUAAACAGGAGAAUAUAAUACAUUUUUAAAUUUACAUCAGCAUAAAUUAUAUAAAUCCUCUGCAAUAAUGUCACGUUUUUUGCAUUACUGUAAUAAAUUAGUUUUUGCAUACAGUAUUGAGAACUGGAGAGGAAGAAUGUACUUAAUUGUCAUGAAAAUCACAUCUCACAUAAUUUCUUUUGAUUGGAGUUGAAAUAUAAGAAGGGCAUGUUUGCUCACGUGAGAUUCACCGUUUGUCAGUGUGUGUUUGUGAAUGAGCUGUAUCUCUCGACAGAAAUCUGUUUCUACCUCCACAUUUAUGCAGAUUGUUUUAUCUUGGAAGGGAAAAGCAAACAAAAUAACCUAGUACAAUAAAACACAUUUGAACAUGAAUAUGUUUUGUGUGUUCAGUAAGAUGUUCAGAAUAUUUUAGCUCUUUUUUUGUUUACCUGUUCUAUUAAAAAACUAUAGAGAAAUGAUUAACCUCAUCCAUCUAACACAGUGUUACUCACAGUUUCAGUGUGAAUGGAAUCUCUGCAGUGUCUCGCUGUCUUCCUCUGCUGGCUUGUCGCAGGAUUACACACUGAAACAAAAAUAAAGCAGGAGUGUUCAGCAAUAUCUCCUUUCAUUAAAUGUGACCCUGGACCACAAAACCAGUCUUAAGUCGCUGGAGUAUAUUUGUAGCAAUAGCCAAAAAUACAUUGUAUGGGUCAAAAUUAUCAAUUUUUAUUUUAUGCCAAAAAUCAUUAGGAUAGUAAAGAUCAUGUUCCAUGAAGAUAUUUAGUGAAUUUCCUACAGUAAACAUAUCAAAACUUAAUUUAUGAUCAGUAAUAUGCAUUGCUAAGAACUUCAUUUGGACAACUUUAAAGGUGAUUUUCUCAAUAUUUAGAUUUUUUUUGCACCCUCAGAUUUCAGAUUUUCAAAUAGUUGUAUCUCAGCCAAAUAUUGUCCGAUCCUAACAAACCAUACAUCAAUGGAAAGAUUAUUUAUGCAGCUUUCAGAUGAUGUAGGAAUCUCAAUUUUGAAAAAUUGACACUUAUGACUGGUUUUGUGGUCCAGGGUCACAAAUGGCUCAGAUUGUGUUAUACUUUGAAAACAAGCUGUAGAGGGUCAUUCUUUAAUGUGGUGUAUAAUGAUUUUGUUAGACUUGGUAGUCUUCCCUAGCAAUAAUUUUGAUAAAACAAUUAAAUAUAUGUAUGCUAUACAGAGCCAGCAGAGGCAUAAGUAAGUAACUAUAAGUGGCUGCUUGGGGCCCCCAAGAAUGCAUGAAAUGACAGCUUGAUUUAUUUUUAUUUUUGUGAUAUAGUAUGUAAUUUGACAAUGGUACAUUAUACAAAAACACAAUAUUAUAUUAUUAUUUUCAUAGUAGCGCUGUAUGACAGAUGUAUCACUUUUAUUUAGUUUUUCCUUUAUUUUUCAGAAUAUCCACAAACUUGUUAACUAUAUCAUAAACUAUAUGAUAUAGCCUAUUCAGAUUAGCAAAUAUGUGGACAUUAUUUCGUUUUUCUAUAAUAUAACAUUUGACUUAGCUAGUUUUAGAUUUAAGUUUUUGUCAUCCGUGUAAAAAUAACUUUCCUGGGUAUAUAUUUUUGUAAUAAAUUAAGCUUCUGUUUCAUAAAAUUGCUACUGAUAACAGCUUAACAUUGGCCUAUACCUUUGGGGUCUUCGCUAUAUUCCAAUAUCAUUAUGCCUCAGUUACCUGGUUAUAGAUUAAGAGUUGUUGUUUUAGAUGUACACAUGACUUGCUGCUGUUUAAUAAUUCAUGUUGUUAAA